AUGGAAUUCUGCGCGCGGCAGCAGCAGCUCUUCAAUCUGCCGCCGCCUCCGACCACCAAACGAUGCCCACGGCCGGCGGCACAGUCGACGGCGAGAGCAGCUUGGCCGCGCUCCCGACACCCCGCUGUUGGUCUCCUUCGCUGGUCGUCACGUCGUCCUAGCCUGGCGGCGGCACUACAGGUCACCGCCUCCACGACCACGAACGCCGCUCGUUCCUCUGAGGUCAUCUGCUUCAAGAACAUCGUCCGGGACACGAAAUUGCCAAGGGCGGGCAAGUUUUUCGAGCUGGAGAUGACGGUCCGUGACUGCGACCUCGACAUGUACGGGGUCGUGAACAAUGCCGUAUAUGCUAGCUACAUCGAAACAGCUCGUCAAGAGAUGGCUGCAAGCCUGGGCGUCUGCACGAGCUCGAUCGUGCGCACAGGCCGUGCCAUGGCGCUCUCCGAGUUGAACGUCAAGUACUUCGCGCCACUAAAGCGCGGUGCCAUGUUCGUCGUCAUGGUGAGGGUUGUCCAAAUCAAGGGUGUGCGGAUGCUCGUGGAGCACUUGAUCGCGACGCUGCCGGACCGCAAGCUCGUGCUAGAAGCGAUGGCUACUGUCGUCUGCCUCAACGAAGACUACCGUCCAACUCGCAUGUUCCCGGAGAUGGCUAACCUGCUGCACUUCUUCUCUCAUCCUAGCAAUUAG